AAUAUGCAUUAUAUAUAUGCUAAAAAACGCAUAGCGCUUGUGUUUCACGUCAAAAAAUUUAACGUUACUUUACCUUGUCACUAAAUGGCAAAUGCUGACAACACUAUUUUCCUGGGCAACGGUAGGCAAGAUGAUUUAUAAACAAAAAAUGAGCUUACAAAAUGCCAAUUAUUGUAUUGAAUUUUGAAAUAAAAGUUAAGUGGUUUACACGUAAACUGUAGGACGCCGUAGUUCAAGUUUAAUACAGAUUUAAUAACACAAUUUACCAUGGCUUCAAUGCGGGAUCAAAAAAUCGAACAGCAACGCCAACUUAUGGAACAGAAAAUGAAACAGAAGCGCCAAAAUUCUGGUAUGGUCCAAGCAAAUGACCUAAGGGUGGGAUCAGCAAAACGUCCAAUAUCAGGCAGCCGUUCCCGCGAACUACAUGGCUAUGAUGGUCCGAUGCAAUUUCUUAUGUCGCCAGUCAAUCCGGACCAAGUUAUACCCCUCCAAACAAAUAGAAUAUCAACCUACGAUGAGCUAGGCAAUCAGAUAGAAGUGCUAACAGUAGGCGAGGGGGACAACAGUGGGGAAGAGGAGGAGGAGAGCGUCCCCGUGUGCAGCGUCGGGCGGGACGCGAGCGUCGAUGACGUAUGCGCAGACGCAGCCGUCGCCCCGCUGCAGGACAAGCCGCGAAGAGACCUGUCCCCGAGUCAGGUAAGCGAGUCAGCAGAAAUCGAAGGCUCGGUGGAGGGUGCGGUUGAGACGUUCGUGGUGACGCCGGCGAAGCACGGCACUUUAUACAAGUGCCGCAUCGCCCGAGAUCGGAAGGGCAUGGACCGCGGACUCUACCCUACGUACUUCCUGCAUUUAGAGAAGGACUACGGAAAGAAAGUGUUUUUGUUAGCUGCUCGUAAACGCAAGAAAUCAGCCACAUCAAACUACCUAAUAUCAACGGAUCCAACCGAGCUCACUCGCACUGCGGACAGCUUUGCCGGCAAACUCCGUUCCAACCUCCUUGGCACAGCCUUCACUGUGUACGAUAACGGCAAGGCGUGGAGGAAGCAUGAUCACGCUCAUACCAGGCAUGAGCUAGCAGCUGUUGUUUAUGACACAAACGUCCUAGGUUUCAAAGGACCGCGGAAAAUGACGGUUAUCCUUCCGGGCAUGACGCCUGACCGCCAACGAGUGACCAUUGCCCCUCAAGACGACAGCGAAACCCUCCUAGAGCGAUGGAAGAGCCAAACACUGGACGACAUCGUAGUACUACACAACAAAACACCAGUCUGGAACGACGAAACACAAUCCUACGUCCUCAACUUCCACGGACGGGUGACCCAGGCAAGUGUGAAAAACUUCCAAAUUGUACACGACUCGGAACCCGAUUACGUAGUCAUGCAGUUCGGACGUAUAUCCGAAGAUGUUUUCACAAUGGAUUUUAGGUACCCGCUGUGCGCGUUACAGGCUUUCGGUAUAGCUCUCAGCUCGUUUGACAGCAAGUUGGCCUGCGAAUGAUCUUGUAUUCAAACUCUUUGGUUGAAUUGCUUGUGGUUGUUGCAUUUUCUUUUUAAUUUAUCGUGGGGCUUUGAAUAUUGGUUGUCAGUAUUUUCACGACUUUUUGAAUCGAUGUUGUUUGAAGCCUGUUGAAUGCAAUAACAGUUUUGAAGUACAUGGCGUUGACUUGUAAUAUUAACGUAAAUGUUGCUAUUGUGGAAGCAAAACGGCUCAAUACAGCGCUUAGUAAUGUUUAAUUUCCAUAACGGCAAUGAUAGCUUGAGGUAAACGCCUACAAAUACCGUGUUCCUAUAAUAAAUGUACACGCACUUUAAAGGAAUUGAUAUCAGUGUUAAGAAUUUAUUUUUUAUAUUCAUUGCCUCAUGAUUUAAGUCGUUUCGUAGAUGCAAAGCCGGUCUCCGAUUAUCGACCACUGUAAUUCACAAUUACGAGUACAGUCAGCAACUUAACCCACCAACAUUAUUAAUUUUUUUAUUAAGGCUGUAACGGUUUACUCGCGAUGGGUAGAUGGAUGGAUAGGA